GAAAAAUAUCAAAUCAAAUUCUGAAAGCAGGAGUACUGUAAAGCAGGAAAAUCAAUCUAAGUUUCAGAAUAAACAGAACUUCUAAGGUGAUGGUGAUAAUCGAGGAGCUGGAGGAGAUUGAAUUCAUUACGAACAACGAAGAACUGGAGGAGGAGUACAUGAUGAAUGACGAAGAGAUGGAGGAGAUGGAGUUCAGUAUAAACAAUGAAGAGAUGGAGGAGAUGGAGUUCAAUAUGAACAAUGAAGAGAUGGAGGUGAUGGAGUUCAGUAUGAACAAUGAAGAGAUGGAGGAGACGGAUUCAAACCCUUGUUUCCCAGAAACAACCACAGAAACUCUUGAAGAAACGACACAUGCUGGAGAAUCAGGUGUUCCCACCAGAAACAAAAAAAAUCUCACAAAUGAACAACGUCUAAGUAUUUUCCAUUUCUUAUUGAAAGAGAGUAACAAGGGAAGAGUGCAAAAAGGCUCGGUUCCAAAGGCAGCGCAACUAUUUUCAGUAUCAGAGUCUACAGUAAAACGUAUAUGGAAACGAGGAAAAGAUUGUAAAGCAAAGGAUUUACCUUUUGACGUGUCUUCACGAAAACCAACCAGAGUUGGUCCUAAACCCAGGAAGGUUGAUUUAAGCAAGAUUAUGGAAAUCCCAUUGCGACAACGUACUAGCAUAAGGUCCAUUGUCGAAGCUCUGAAUAUGCCCAAGUCAACUGUACAUAGACACAUCAAGAAAGGAGCGAUUAAAAAACACACAAACGCAAUAAAACCAGCCUUCACUGUGGACACCAAGAAAACACGGUUAGAAUUCUGUUUGGGAAUGCUUGAGCUUAACCCUUACAAGGAUAAUAUAAUGGUCAAGGCCAUGUAUGAUGUUAUACAUAUAGAUGAGAAGUGGUUUUUCAUGACAAAAGCAACAGAGAAUUACUACCUUCAUCCGGAAGAAACCGAACCAUAUCGUACAUGUCAAAGUAAAAGAUACAUUAAAAAGGUGAUGUUUUUGGCAGCAGUAGCUCGUCCUAGGAGGCAGCAAAGCGAACGAGCAAAAAUCGUCCGGCUGGAACACUCGAAGAUAAACCAAUUGAAUCAGCGAACAAAGACGUUACAAGAGCUUGUUUGA